AUGCCAAUCCUCCACUCUCCUUCUAGCAAACGACUCUUUGGAUCCGCACAUUGUCCACCCCAUUGCAAGAUCCCAGCCUACGAUUGUGACGCUUACGAGCUGUAUCCCAAGUUCCGCUGGGUCUACAAUAAACUCACGGUAGCCGAACUCCAGGGAAUCGAGUGCGAGAAAUAUAUCGCUGAUUUCGUGGAAACGCAUCUCACGGGAUAUACCGGCAUGAUGAAUGUCGAAACGAUCGGAGGCAAGAUUAUCGAGGCGCAUCUGCGUUUCUCGCCUCAGUGGCCGAACAUGUAUGGAUCUUGGUUCACUUCUUCCCUUGUGGACCUUUAUUGCGGGAAGGGAUGGACAGGUCCGUUGGCCUCGAAAAUCGCCACACCCGUUGGGUAUAGUGUCCCACUGUGGGAUGAUGAGAAGUAUGCAAAGACCGGUACGACUCUCACGGACAACGCUUUUCGGCGGCUGGAAAGCAUGUUCAAUGUCGAAAGCAUCACUAUGCAGUAUAGCCGGGAGAAGCCGUUGGAAAGUACUCCAAGGCCUUCGGGUGGCUUUAGGAUUGCUUGGGUCAAUGGGUAUGAUCUUGCGAGGUGCAAGUUGGCCAGGAGUGCCUUGCAGGCAUACCUCCAUCAAUUGGAUGACACAGAACAAUGGAUAUAUUAG